GGGGGCAGGACAACUUCCGGCGAUGAGAAUGCUUCCCUUUGGUGGCGGCUGCUGCUUCGCUGCCUAAAAUCAGUAAGAAAAUAAUUGAACUAAAAGGUUGAGUGCAUGCUACAGCAAGCGGUUGUCAUCAUUUGGUAGCAGUAUGCAAGUGAAUACCGCACACCGAUCAAAUCCAGAAUGAAACGGCGCAGCACAUGAACUCGUGGGUACUCGCAGCAGUGGUUUACAAUGAUGAAUGCCAACAAGCGGACAGCAGAGGACUUCAUCCAAGGCGUUUUCGCCCCUACGGUAACGGUGCAGUGUACUUCUGACGCCGAAGAUGUGUGCAGAAGAAACAAUCUCUCAUUCGCAGAACUAGUGCAACCCUUCUGCCAGCAAGUGGAAGUGUCAGUGAGGCCACCGAAUCUGCUGCAGGGGAGCGUAGUCGCCAAGCUGCAUAUUAACGUUCGAGACCUGAAUAGUCCUGUGCCACAGCUGGCAGCUGCCAAGAAAUUGCUCAAUGACUCAGUUGCGAAUGUCCAACCUCCUCUCAACGAGAAUGCAGCCUCACUUACAAAGAUUAAGGCUGGAAGCUACAAUCUGCUUGUGUCAACAUCUACGCCAUGGUUCUAUUCCUACAGGGAUGCAUUCUUUCGAGUCCUGCCUCCACUGGAGCAUGAUUUUACGCGACAUUUUCUUGCCUGCAUUUUUGUGGUGUCCUCAGAACAUGGUUCUCCAGAAGAGGAGUUUGAGAAAAUGGCUCAAGGACACCAGGCAGGCCUGUCUGAAGGCAGCCAGCGAUGGUUCUUUCCACAGUGCCUAAAGUAUUACCUUUUACUUCAUGAUGUAUCACAAGGCAACCAAGCUAAGGCAGAGGCUAGCUUCCAGACUUUGAAGAGGAACUAUGGUGCCAACUCAUGCCAUCUGCUCCAGAUGAACUCAGUCCCUGCAAAUGACCCCAGUGCAACAAAUCUGCCUGAUGUUUGGUCCCCAUUCUUACACUUGGAUGCACCUGAUAAGGUGACAAGUAAUUUGGAGGGUCCUGAUAAACUUCGAGAAAGUAACUCUUCUCUCGAUGAAGAUGCCUUCCAGCAAGGUGAAGAAGUUAUUCCAUGUGAGGAGGCACCAAGGGAGAAAUGUGGUGUGCAGCAUCCUUUAUUGAGCAGUGGUGACUCAUCACCUCCCACCUUGGAACCGCAGGUGGUGGAAGAAAAGGGGUGGCAGAGGAAGCCUGGUAGUCGGCUGGGCAGCUGUCUCACGCAAAGUGAUCGGGCUCGCCUUCGUGUUUUUGUACAAGAAUUUUGCAGCCAAGCCCUGGUUCCUUACGUUGAGGAACAAAUGCGAAUCCUGAAUGACCAGGUGACAAACAAGAAAGGGAUCCAUAGAUCGUUUAUGAGCAUGAAGAAGUUGUUUGCUGGAAGCAAGACAACUCCUCAAGGGCCGCACGCAUCAGUCAACUCGGUUGUAUAUGGCCAAGAUGCACCAGAAUUGCAGGUGCGUCGGCUUGGAGAUCUGGCUUUUCUGUUUCAGUUGUAUGAGUUUGCCUACCAGGCAUAUCACAGUGCGAAGAGAGACUUUAGUGGGGACAGUGCCUGGCUGCAUUUGGCAGGAGCACAGGAAAUGGCUGCUCUAGCGGUGUUUAUGGCUGGAGUCAGUGCUCAAAGACCCUUCCCUGUACGUUAUAUGGAUUCCGCUAUUGACCUCUACCUCAACACAUGCAAAGUGCCCCAACUUGCAACACGAGCAGCGCUGCUGAGUGCCGAGUGCCUAUGGCAGGUGGGCCAGGCAUCAGUGGCAGCCGGACAACUUAUACGGCUUACUAGUGAGGGAUCGGAUCUGCGCAGUGCCCUGCUACUGGAGCAAGCAGCCCUGUGCUUCUUGCGUGCGACACCCACCUGCCCACGCAAAUUUGCCUUUCACCUGGUGCUAUCUGGGCACCGUUUUGCAAAGGCAGCCCAUCGGCGUCAUGCACUGCAUGCCUAUUCACAGGCUCUCCAGGUUUACCAAGGCCGUGGCUGGAGCCUUGCUGAGGGUCAUAUGCAGUUCACUAUUGGACGGCAGUCUGCACAGCUGAAACAAUUGGUUCGUGCCAGGGAAGCAUUUCAUCGCCUGUUGGCACAGCGAAGCGCUCAAAGCCCAUCCCAGCAGCUGCUCUUUCUACGAGAGUUCCUUCUUGUGCUUAGGACACAAGCUGGCCCUGAGCGAGUGGAGCUGCCAGUUCCACGGGUGUCUGAAGGUGCCACAAGAGUGCUGCUGGGGGCAGAGGGGUCCCCGCCAGGUGAGCCAUGGCUCGAAGAAAUGGCUGCACGGGCAACUCAUGGGGGCAUCCUACCCCUGACCUUUCGGCCACAGCUCAACUGUCUAAAUUCCAGCACAGACAAUAGUGUGCGGCCCCUGGCAGUUGUCCUAGAGCCUAUCACAGUUGAGCUGGAGCUACACAAUCCUCUCCAAAUAGCUCUGCAGCUGACUGAGAUGUAUCUUUUGUGGACUUUCACGCCGUCAUGUGAUAAUGGUCUUGUCAGCAAUGACAGUGACCUAGGGCAAGAUUGUGAUGUUGACGGAAUCGUUAAAACUGACAUCCUGAGCGAGGUACUCUUAGAGCCUGAGCAGACACAGAAGGUUCAACUUCGUGUGUGCCCACAAAAAUGUGGUCAGCUCCAGAUAGGAGGUCUGGCAUACUGCCUUGGGCUGUCGGCAGCACAGCGGGAGGCUGCUGCACCUUUGGGGCCACUUCCGAGCCCUGUCAGGGGCUACCAGCCGCUGACAGUGCCUGCCAAAGCGUGCCCUGUUCUUCCGCUGAAGGGGGCCCGUCCCGACUUGCGUCUACAACCCACGGUAGUUGGACCUAUGCCUCGACUCACGGUGACCUUUUCAGAGCUGCCUGGGCAACUACUCUGCGGAGAGGUGCGGAAGGCUACCGUGGAGCUGCGCAAUGCAGAUGGCUGUCCAGCAUUGCAUUCCUUGCGGCUUGCAUGUGCACAGCCGCAGUUAUUUUGCCUUUGUCCUGUGUCUGACGAUGAAGAUGAGGCAUACCACGAGGAGCCGCUCCGACCAAGCCCACCUGUGCUGGCUCAGGCACCUCCACUGGCAUGGGUGCAGGCACCUGCAGUGGGUGCUCACAUGGAGGGCGGUCAAGGAGUGGCACUGCCCUUUUGGCUGCGUGGUGCUGAGAAGCCUGGUCGCCAUGUGCUGCAUCUUUUGUUCUACUACCAAGGCCCUCAGGGGCAGCUUUCGCACCGUGUUCUGUGGCACCAGAUCAGCUUUACCACUCUGCCAUCAUUAACACUGCAGGCGUCUGUUCGCCAGAGUGUUUCUCUUGGUGUGGCAGGCUCCCCUGAUGGAGCACUCAUCUCUCUGCAAGUGUCCAAUGCUUGCGAGACAGAUGGCCUCAACGGUGUUGAUUUGAGCCUGCUGCAGGUGACAUGUGUAAGCCGCGUAUGGAGCUUGGUUCCCCUUACAUCGCAUCCCAAAUUAGGUACCACAGUGGUGAAGCCCCAAGAAACAAAAAACCUGAUCCUGCGGGUCACACCUUUUAGUUCUAAAUUAAGCCAGGACAACACAACAGUGGUCUCACAGCUUCCUUUGACACGAGUGCAAUUGGAGAGUGGGCGCAGUCCAUGCCUUGAGUUCUGCAGCUGGUGGGGCCAGGAGCUGCCAUUGCCUGGAUCUGAGACCAUGGGCCACCCAGGGGCAGUCUCUGUUGUGCCCGAUGAAACCCCCGCCUUGCAGCCUCUUGAAAUCACACUUGCUGUCAUCUGGAAGGCAGCAGUGGAACAAGAUGGAUCAGUACGUGUGGUCAAAGGCCAGCAUCAUGUUGUGCUCCGGGAAUUCCAUACAGUAUACUCUUCCUUACCGGGCCACAAGCCUGCAGACUUGAAGCCAGCGAUUCCAGUCUACCCUUCUGUUAGUCUGGUGGCACCGACAUUUCAGUAUGUGCGCUGUGCUCUAGUACACCCUGUUCAAGUCAAACAUGACUUUGUAACCAACAGACUAUUGGUGAUACCAGUGAGUCUUCUAGUGCAUAAUCCUAGCUUUAGGCCAGUCACAGUCACAGUGGAGCCAGGCAACAGGGCACCAGCGGCUGCAACAAGCCCUACGACGACUCCAGACAUGGUGGCAACUGAUGUUGGUGGUUUUAGCUGGACAACAGCCGUGAGGCGUCAUUUACCAAUCAAGUCUCAUACAACGGCUGCGGUAGCUCUGUCAGCCACUUUUUCAAAGGCUGGCACAUACAACAUGGCUGCCCUGCAUGUGAGCGUGCUCACAGAUGAUGGACGUCUUUCACAUGAACUGCUGUGUCCUAGUCUCAUGGUGGUACAACAGCCACAAACUCUCUAGGCUUUAGUUUUUAUGCCAUGGGCCGUUUCACUCUGCUGGCGGAAGACCUAGAUGUCACUUCAGUUGAAGUACUGAAAAAGUGCUUAUGGACACUGUCCAUAUUGAGUAAUGUUCACAUUAUGAAGACACACCACGGCCCUGAAACAGUCAAUUCGCUGAAAGCUUGAAAUGAGCUGCUGCAGUGCCAUUGAAAAACUGCUGUAUUACUCAGGUUCAAGUUUUUUUCUUUUGAUUUCAGACUGGCUGCGGUAGAAUGUGUAUACUAAAACUGCUUUUUUAGGGAAGUGCAUUGGUGUGCCAGGUGCCAAUGCUUUGUUGGGGGUUUUCAACCUUAAGAGCAGUUAGCUGGUAAACUGGACUCAGUAUACCCUGAGUCAUAUUGUGAGCUGGAAACUAGGCAAAGUUCAUGCUGCCCAGAGUGCAGGCUUAUGCACAACAUGCGCAGAAUAUAUCUGCAAAGCCACCUUUCCCAGGUAGGGGGCACUAUGUGACUUAUUGGUAUGCUUGGCAUACACUCCUGGUUUGAAAUGCUUGAGGCAUUUUCAUGCACUUAUUAUAAAACAAAACAAACAUGAAACACACCUGCAUUAACAUGCCAACAUGAGCUUUGAUAUCUUGUGCAUCUGGAGUUACACUGCAUAGUGAAGUGGGCCUAUUAAAGAUAUUUUAUUGAAGAUGAUAGUGCGUAAUGACUGCUUAUGUAUGUUAACAUUUGUGUAGUCCCACAUUUUCUUUUCAGUAUUGGAAACUGUCUGCAGCCAAGAGUAAAAGUGUUGCUGCAUUUCUAUUUCCACAUGCAAUAUAUGAAUCGCAGAGCUUGAAAGGCACUGUUUACACGAUAUGCUUGCAGCUAGGUGGGUGAUUCAAUGAUUCGAAGGACGUUUUAGAUAAACCUGCUUUUGCAGGAGUCCAUAGAAUGCUUUGUGCACACGGCAGAUGUCUAUAUUGAACAUCAAGCUGAGCCUGAUAGCCAGUAUAAAACUUCAGAACGUUAUGCUAUGGCAGAAUUUAAGUAUGCAAUGAUGCCUUCAGUCAAAAUUAUUGUAGUAGUCAUGUACAUUUAGUUCACAAUACUAUGGAGUAUAUUACUGCCACUCAACAAAUAGGGGAAGCAUAUGUGCCGCUUCUUCUUCUGAAAGAAAUCACAUCCUCGUGUGCCAUAAAAUUACAGAAUUCUCAUACUUAAAAUGUUACAUAAGCUGCUUCAGAUUUGCUCCUUUAGCUUCCUUUAAAAUGUGCUACUUGAAAACUUCACAGACGUUAUGCGUUAUUCUGCAUGGCUGUAAAGUUUUACUUUGGGUUCAUAAGUUUUAAUAUACAUUAAAUUGAAUAUCUUUAGUGUAUUUUUAUAUUCCAGCAAUUUCUAAAAUCUUGCAAGAAAGCAGUGGGCAGAAUUGCUACUCAGAUACCUAAAGAAAUUCUGUUAUUCUUUAUCACUUGUAGAAAAUUUCAAGUGCAUCUUGUUAAACAAUUUUGCUGUCUAGUGUAAAGCUCACAUGUUUUUCUCAAACAGUAGCCUAAUGAAAGCUAGUGAAUUGUUUGCAAUGAGGAUGAGUGUAUGUGCAUGUGAAACAUUGUAUGCCUGCCAGCCACAUAAAAAAAUGCAUUCACAUUUCACUGUGUUUUUGAAAAGUGAAUGUGAAGGCCUGGCCCUUACCAGCAAUGUCCAAUGGAGGUCUGUUUCGCAUGAAUAAAGUUUAAUGUGCUGUUUGA